AUGGAGCCCCCGGAGGGCGCCAGCCCGGGAGGGGUAGUUAAGGAGGCCGAGGUGCCAAGGGCUGCCCUGGGCACCCCCGUUCCUGGGACGGGGACCAGCAGCCACUCACCUGUGGCCGAGGAGGAGGUGGGCGUCCCAGUACCGGCACCGGGUCUCCUGCAGGUCACGGAGAGGCGGCAGCCCCUGAGCAGCGUCUCCUCCCUGGAGGUGCACUUCGACCUCCUGGACCUCACCGAGCUGACUGACAUGUCCGACCAGGAGCUGGCCGAGGUCUUUGCCGACUCAGAUGACGAGAACCAGGCCAGCGACUCGCCCGCAGGCCUACACCCGCUGCCCAGGGCCGGCUGUCUGCGCUCCCCCUCCUGGACACGCACCAGGGCCGAGCAGGACGGCGAGAAGCAGCCCUUCGGCGCCCCUGAGCGGCAGCCUGCCGUUGUGGACACGUUUCUCACCGUGGAGAGGCCCAAGGAGGACUAG